AUGGCUGCGUGUUCUGAUUCAUGGCUUGGGCUGGCAGGAUGGACGCCACAUUGGUUUCGGAGGGCCCACCUAGGAGCCAUGCGGAAAACAAAUGGCAUGCAUGCAUGGCCAGGUGCAGCUAAUCCUGGACAUGGGUUUUCGACUUUUCGAGUUGGAUACGAUGGAUUCAGACUCGAGGACAGGGUUGAUAUUGCUGAUAUGGAUAUCGGAACUGGACUUGUGAUAUGCCAUAAGCGCCUAAUGCCCAGUGGCGUUCGCUUAAUCUCACACGGCGCCAAGUAG